GGUCACGCCCCUUGAGCUCAGCCCGCCCCCAGUCACUUCCGCUUCCGCUCGCGGCCGAGCGGUUUCCGGUUCUCAGGGCUGGAGGUCGCCAUGUCGGAACCACGACCUUUGCUGCGGAUUUUGUGCCUGGCUGGCUUUAGACAGAGCGAGCGCGGCUUCCGCGAGAAAACCGGGUCUCUGAGGAAGGCGCUGCGGGGCCGCGCCGAGCUCCUGUACCUCAGCGGCCCGCACCCCAUCCCAGAGCCCGCCCCGCCGGCUGGGCCCCAUUCCCCGGAGGAAGAACCUCGAGGUUGGUGGUUCUCAGAUCCGGAGGCAGCCGUGUUCUCCGCCCUGGAAGAGCCAGCUGAAUGCCGAGGCCUGGAGGAAGCCUUAAGUGUCAUUGGCCGAGCGAUGGCCGAAUGUGGCCCCUUGGAUGGACUCCUGGGUUUUAGUCAAGGGGCGGCAUUAGCAGCCUUGGUGUGUGCGCUGGGGCAGGCUGGUGACCCCCGCUUCCCCCUCCCUCGAUUUGUCAUCUUGAUUUCCGGUUUUCGCCCGAGAGGCCCCAAACUCGCCCAGCCUUUCCCGCAGGCACCUCUGUUGCUACCUUCGCUGCACGUGCUGGGAGAGACUGAUAGAGUCAUCCCUUCUCAGGAGAGUCUUGAACUAGCUGGUUGCUUCUCCGGGGCGGUCACUCUCUCCCACCCUGGUGGCCACUUCAUUCCAGCCGCUUCUCCCCAGCGCCAAGCAUAUCUCAAGUUCCUGGACCAGUUUACAAAGUGAGAUUUCAGGAUUCCCUAGACCCUCCGUCCCCCCAACCGAUCAUUAAGGAUACUUGAAGCUCUAGGCCAGGCACCCUUUUACUGGCAACCCUGACGUGGGUUCAGCUCCUGGCCUUCAUUGAUCAGCUAAUAGAGAUGUUGAUCGUACCCUUGGGCUCAGACUAUGCCCAUCCUCCGGAGACGAGCAGGGUUGUGAACUCUGCAGUCAGAUGAAGGAGGAUUCAGCUGGGAAGAGAGCAAGCGGGCUGAGACACACUGGACAGAUUUUCCUGUGCUAUAGUUUCUAUGGCAAGAAAUGGGCUGAUUGACCUGUAGGGAAUUUAGGGUGGGUAUAUUGGGCUAAAAGUGGACAGGAAAGGGGUUGGAUUCAGAGAAAUGUUAGUACUGUAAUUGCCACCCAAUAAAGCACAUAUUUUGGUAUUUGA